CGCGGCAGACGCCCAGCAGCGGCAAUCCGUCUGCCCACGUGUCGAUAUUGUAUCCGCUGGUGUUAAUGGCUACACGUAGAAUGCGGUUGAGGAUGACAAAUGGAAGCUGGCUGAAGCAAGGCAUAGCGAAAUAAAUAAUAUUGAUAGCAAUGUUGUUGUUGUUUAAAGCGGCUCAACUUGUUCUAAAAUUACUCUAAUAUUUUAAAUAGUAAUUGCUAAAUUGAAAAAUGGAAAAAUGGAAGAGAAGAGAAAGAAACAAAUGCUCACAUUGCACAUAAAAACAAUUGGCAGCGGCUGCGCUAAAAAAUGGCAGGGCAAGCAAAUAAAGCAAACUUGGCGUGCGUGUGUCUGCUUUAUUAAAAAUAAAAACCAAUUGAAAAAUACGUUCAUUCAAAGCUUUCUUUUGGGAAUUAAAUGCGCAAAAAAGCAAAGCAAUAUCAUUGCCUUGCUGCUUUGCUGCUUUGCUGCUCUGCUGCUCUGUUGCUCUGCUGCUCUGUUGCUCUGCUGCUCUGUUGCUCUGCUGCUCUGUUGCUCUGCUGCUCUGUUGCUCUGCUGCUCUGUUGCUCUGCUGCUCUGUUGCUCUAUUGCUCUAUUGCUCUGUACAAUAGUUUUUCUUGUUAGCCGUGUGUUCAGCUACUAAAGCAAAAGUGGCAAAAUAAUCGAGAAGCACACGCUGCUGAUAUUUUAUUCUAAAGUGACAGUGGGAAUUUUGUCGUCAAUUAAUUGCUCGCAAAAUGUGCACACAUUUCAUGUUUGAUAUGCAAAUAAU